AUGGAUGAACCCACUUAUUGCAACAUCAAUUACUCAGAAACUCAGCGACCUGCAUCAAGCAGGCGAUCGGGGGUCACAUGGGAGCGAGUGGUCCUGCUGGUCCUCAGUGUUCUCCUGGCAGCUGCCCUCACAGCUCUUGGUGUAACCCUUCAUGAAAAUACUCAAACAAAGAAGAGACUCCAAAAAUAUCAAGAUGAGGCAAAAAUUCUCACAGAAAUACUCAGUGGGACAGAACCGAGCAAAGUGGAGCAGCCGACUAAACCUCCUUCAGUAAGAGAUGAAACAUGUCCGAGGUGUGAGGACGGCUGGGAGCCACAUGGAGGAAAGUGCUACUUCUUCUCCUGGGUUACUUCAUCCUGGAAUAAGAGUAGAAAACAAUGCACAUCAAUGAGUGGAGACCUGGUUGUGAUAAACAACAGAGAGGAGCAGCCAGACAACUGGUACAGUGAUAAUCCUGAUGUAGAGGACUGUGUGAGGAUGGGGGAGAAAGACGGAGCCACGAACCUGAAGACCUGGUUCGAUAAAUCCUGCAGAACACUUCAAAAAUAUAUUUGUGAGAAACCAGAAAAAGCAUAA